AUGGCUCGCCUCACAGAUCUGCCACCAGAGAUAGCAGUUUGGAUCGGAAGCUAUUGCGACAAAGCAACAAUCAGUUCAAUCGUAUCAGUUUGCGUUCAAGCUUACAAUAACUUCAAUGUCUGCAAGUUUGAAGACUUUCGCGCGCGCGGAGAUGCAGGGCGGUUUGCCUAUCACUUGCAGACACUGGUUAUAGUCAAACUUGAGAUGCGCAUUACCCCUUGCUUAAGUGCUGCUAGGAAAGCUACAAUUGUAGUAAAUUCCUCUUGUCAGCCAAAUAACAGGAAGAAGUCACAGAAGUUACCUGAACCACCAUACGAUCUCCUAGUAGACGCUGCAGACUGCUUUUCAAGAUGA